AUUACUGUUUAAUAGCAGCACCUGCAGAACAAUAUCUUCAGGAGAAGUUGCCAGAUGAAGUGGUUCUAAAGAUCUUCUCCUACCUGCUGGAGCAGGAUCUCUGUAGAGCAGCUUGUGUGUGUAAGUGCUUCAGCGAGCUAGCUAAUGAUCCACUUUUGUGGAAAAGAUUGUAUAUGGAAGUAUUUGAGUACACUCGUCCAGUGAUGCAUCCUGAACCUGGUAAAUUUUAUCAGAUAAAUCCAGAAGAAUAUGAACAUCUGAAUCCCUGGAAAGAAAGCUUUCAGCAACUGUACAAAGGACCACAUGUAAAGCCAGGUUUUGCUGAACACUUCUACAGUAAUCCUGCAAGAUACAAAGGAAGAGAAAAUACAUUGUACUAUGAUACCAUUGAGGGUGCUCUUGGUGGAGUUCAAGAAGCUCAUUUUGAUGGACUUAUCUUUGUUCACUCUGGUAUAUAUACUGAUGAAUGGAUAUAUAUAGAAUCUCCAAUCACCAUGAUUGGUGCAG